CGAGGGCCCCGCGGGGGAGAAGGAGAAGUGGAAGAUGUACGAGUACACCCUGAAGACGGACCUGGAGAUGUACGAAGACAAGCGAAACGGGUUACCCGUGUGGGUGGUGUGUAAGGUUGUGAGGGAGGGGCCGAUGACGCGGGAAGAGGAGGUGGAGGCUAAGGCGCGAGCAGCCGCCGCUGCUGCUGCGGGCGGAGGGGGGUCCAGUGGGAGUGGCGGAGGGAACGGGGGAGGGGGAGGGAGAAGCGGAGGGGGAGGGGCGCAUUCGGGGGGAAGCUCUGGGUCGGGGGGGGCGUCGGGGGGAGCGUUUGGGGGAGGGGGUGGGGGGAGCGGUGGGGAGAGUGGGGUACCGGGGGAACGGCGGAGGCGGGUAUGGGGGAGGAGGGGGGGGAUACUCAGGCGGUGGCGGGGGAGGGGGAGGAGGGGGAGGCGGAGGAGGCGCGCUCCUGGACCAAUGGCUUGCCGCCAUGCCCCUCCCGCCUUCGCAGUCCGUUUCUGCUGCUUCGUCAGCAGCAUCCCCCGAGGAGCAUCAGCCCAAGCAGGCGUAUCAACCGCGUCAGCACCAUCACUUCCUUCCAUCCUGGCCGCCACGUCAGCAUCUUCCACGUCAGCCAUCCAGGUGACGUCAGCAGCCGGGCAGGUUUCAUCUGCGGUCCAAGUCACCUCUUCCGUGUCUGUAACUGCAGCAGGUUCGGCAGCUGCCGGACCUGUUGCCGAGCCUCUGGCGGCUCUGGCCAUGGCUGCUGCCAAGCGUCUGCUGGAGGAUCGGUUGGUUCGGCACGUGGGGAACAUCAGCGGGAGGAAGAGGCUGUUUUUGCCAGAGGUGGAAGGGAGAGAGGCGAUCACCGGUGAGACGUCUGGUACGAUUACAACAACUGCUGCUUCUGCUGCCGUCGCCGUUACUGCUGCUACUACCGCUGCUGCAUUUGGUGCUGCUGCUGCGUCUGCUGCUUAUACAGCAACUGUUGGCGCAGCGAAGGCGGAGGAGGAGGAGGUGGUGGGGGAGGAGGUGGAGGAAGCGGAGGAGGAAGACGAGGAGUGGGAGGACGGGGAGGAGGAGGGGGAGGAGGCUGGAGGGGAGGAGGAGGGUAAUCUGAAGCCGGGCGGCGAGAGUGAGGUGGGACAGCUGGCGGCAGAAGUUUCCAGGAAGCUGUCAGAGCUGGUAACCGCGUCGAAGAAACUGACGGAGAAAGCGGGAUUCCUUGCUCUGGGCGGCGAAUCUCCCUUCUCUCCUGUCGAAGCUUCCAUCUCGCGAGUGCUCAAUCUGGUGACACGUGUUGCUGACGUGGCGCUAGCAGACGAGCCCGCUGCCCAGCUCUGGCUGCACGCAGUGGGCGGCGCAGUCAGCGAUGAACUGGCGCCGGGAGUCUUCCUCGCAGCUUCCCUCUCCGCAUCCCCGCUGAUGCUCUUAGUUAAGUUCCAGGACUUAAGCGCGAUCAUUGAGGGGGGGAUGAAGGCAGUAUGGAAGCAGGCGGUGGGAAGGCUGCCGAAGGCGCUUAGAGAGAGGAUGAGUGAGGAGGGGAGGAGGGAGGUGAGAGCAAUGGAAGAGGCAAUGGAGGGAGGGGAGGUGACUGUGGUAGUGAGCGAGGGAGUGAGAAAGGCGCAGGAGGGGCUGCUGGCGCUGGUGCUGGCUCUGGGAGCGCCACCUGAAACAUCACCUGAAGUUUUACCUGAGGCUAUGGAGUUGCAUGUGGGUGACUCCAUGGCGCCUGCAGCUGCAGAGGCCGGGCAGAAGAAAGUUUUGUUCCAGAUUGAUGGCAGCGAGGUGGAUGAGAAUUCCAAAGCGGCCAAUCGGCUCAAGAGCGAGCUGAUGAGCCUGUGCGAGAAGGGCAGCCGGAAACCUUUUGAGCUGCCUGGAAGCAUGUCAAGCACGGUCGUCGAGGUGUUCCGGGCAGUCGGGUUCGAAUACAACACGCCCAACGUCCACGGGCAGGUUAAGAAAGAAACGCUCCUGAAGGAGGGGUUGUCAGUGCUGGAGAGAGAAGGGAUGAAAGCAACGGAGCUGGAUUUGACAGGGGAGAUCGCUCAGCUCCAUGCGCUAAAGAAGGGGCUGACUCUAGAUCUGCAGCAGUUAGACAUGAAGCCCAGCAUGCUGAGCAAGUUCGUGGAAGGUUCCUCGGUGUCGACUGUGGCGGAUGGCAUGAUUGCUGUGCUGCAGGCGUGCAGCAGCGCGCUCGAGGCAGGGGCUGCUGCUGCUGGUACUGGUGGUGAUGGUGAUGAUGGUGGUGCUGCUGCUGCUGGUCCUUCUGGUGGUGUUGGUGAUGCUGAUGGCGAAGCUGCUGCUGCUGCUGGAGCGGAUGCAGCGGGUGCCGCUGCACCUUCAUCGAGUGUCCGUGUCACAGAGCCGUCUGGCAGUGGUGGGGAUACCACGCCUGCCACAUCUGCCACACCUGCCUCACAUGGCACCUGUGUGGUCUUUUCUCGCGAGGACAUCCUCUCAGCCCUUCCUGGAAGCUUGGAGGGGCUCUCUGGUCGUGUCAAUGCCUGCAUGCGGUUACCACCCAACACACGCAGCACCAGCAGCAGCAGGAUGGAAACUUCCCCAUCUUCGGCUGAUGCUGCUGCCGGUGGUGGUGAUUCCAAAGGUGUUCCACUACAGGAUGUGACUAUAGAGGUGCUGGAGCACAACAAGACCAACACCCCAGUGCUGCAUCUCAUCAAGGAAGCUGAAACCCUCUCCUCCCUCUCCCACCGCCACAUCAUCCCCCUCCUCGGAUACUCCCUCGAAUCCCCCUGCCUAGUCUACCCCCGCAUCCCCCACCUCUCUCUAGCCGACCAUCUGCCGUACGGUAACAGCUUCCCCCGGUUACCGCCUCUCCCGUGGUUCGUGCGGGUGCGAAUCGCCUACGAGGUGUCGUCUGCCCUGCUGUUCCUGCACCAGCAGAAGCCUCACCCGGUGCUGCAUCGGGACCUCCGGCCGGCGAACAUCGUCCUGUACUGGGAGGAGAAGGGCGGGCGGGAGACGGCUGGAAGAAGGCAGAAUGGGGGGGAGGAGGAAGGGCAGGGCGCCCCCUCCCUGGUGGUUCAGAAGGAUGGGGAUGGCGGCUUGGAGGGAGAGGGGUCUCACAGGGCGCCUUCCUGGUGGCCCAGGUUUCAGAGGAAGGAGAAGGCAUUGGUAGCAGCCACUACUGCACCUGCAGCACAUGCAGCACCUGCUACUGCUGGAGGCAGCAGCUCAAACGAGAUCAGGCAGGAGGGUGAGGUCUCCGGUUCAAUUCCUGCUGGGAGACAGUUGGUGAGCAAGCUGGCUCGAGUUGGGUUCUCGGCUCUAAGUCAGAAUCCGAGGACGGGGAGGGCAAGAGUGGAGGAUGUAGUAUUUUUGGACCCGGAAUAUCCAAGAACAGAGGAGCUGGUUCCGUCGUCUGACGUUUAUGCGCUGGGAGUGGUGCUGAUGCAGCUGCUGACUGGACGCAAUGCCACAUCAGCACUGAGCGUGGUAACUGCUGUGGUGGAAGGAACGAAGGGUUUGGGGGAUGUUUUGGAUGAGGGAGCCGGUGGGUGGCCUGCUGAUGUGGCAAUGGUGGUUGCUGAGCUGGCAGGGAAGUGCACUGAUAUGAGGAGGUGUAGGAGGCCAAGUUUGGGUGGUGAAGUGGUGCCUGUUCUCAGUAAGGUGCACAUGACCGCAUUUGAGGCGGAAACCAGAUGAAACCUUGCAGAGUCUUUUUUGGUUAUUGCUUUUCUUACUGGCCUCAUGCUUGAAUUGUGUAAUUAUUAAUUAUACUGCUGUAAUAAUAAUAAUC